AAAAAUUCUUUGAGCCUACUGGGCUCCAAUGCACAGACGUCUUUCUUUCCGAAGUCUUGGGGGACAUUAUAAUAAACUUACUUGAAAGGGUGGCGCCAUUUAUCGAGCUGAACACCCCACGCUUGCAGAACUCUCCAGUAGAAAGGUUUGGUUGGUAUCGUUUCUGGUCUGAAUCAGUCGGAACGGUGGGGAAGCACGAUGCAGCUAAUUUUCACGGUUUUAUCAGCCUUGGUGGUUGCAACAACGGCUAAAAAUGCCACAUUCUAUAAGGUGGAAGAUGCGAUUAAAGAUCACUACAUAGUUGUGAUGGAGCCCGGAUAUGAGGCAGAAGUGAUCACGAAGCUUCUGAUGGAAGACAAUACCGGGACUUUCAGCAAUGUGUCUAUCAAACACACCUACAAGACAGCCAUCAAAGGCUUUUCAGCCAAACUCACCGAUAAAGCUCUUCAGAAGCUGCUGGCCCGAGAAGAGAUAAAAUAUAUAUCUCAAGAUGGUAUGGCCCAUGCUACGGCUGUUGCAUCCUGGGGGCUUGAUCGUAUCGACCAAAGGGAAUUACCAUUGUUGGGAGAUUAUGACGUUAGAGGUGAUGGGUCAGGUGUGAACGUGUAUGUCAUCGAUACAGGAAUCUAUCCAGAAAGUUUGUACUUUGGAGGUCGAGCAACCCCUGUCUUUGAUUCCAUCGGAGACGGCAGGCCUUUUGGAGUAGACUGUAAUGGCCAUGGAACCCACUGUGCGGGAACAGUAGGAGCUAGUAUGUACGGAGUAGCAGCAAAUGUUCAACUGUUUGGGUUGAGAGUGCUUAACUGUGCUGGUUCCGGGUCAUGGAGUGGGAUCAUAUCAGCAUGUGAUUAUGUAGCACAAAAUGGAAACAGACCAGCACUGGCAUCAAUGUCCCUUGGAGGUGGAGCUAGUACUGCAGUGGAUGAUGCAGUGAGAGGAAUGAUCGCGUCUGGCGUCACCGCCGUGGUAGCCGCCGGAAAUUCUGCGGACAAUGCAUGCGGUUAUUCACCUGCUCGAGUUAGUGAGGCUAUAACGGUUGGUGCAACAGACAUAAACGACAGUGAGGCUUCUUUCUCCAACUAUGGUACGUGUGUGGAUGUGUAUGCUCCUGGUGUUGAUAUACCAAGCACCUGGAUAGGAGGAACAGAGGAAACCAGAACGAUCAGCGGUACAUCCAUGGCUACCCCUCAUGUUACAGGCGCUAUAGCACUACGUCUAGCCAAGAGGCCAAAUCUAACACCCGCUAGAAUAAAAAAGAGGGUAAUUAACAAAUCGACAAAGAAUGUCAUCACGAAUAUCGGACCUGGCUCUCCGAAUCGUCUCCUUUAUGCUCCCUAGAUGUGGACUAUAGAUGUCUCCAACUGGCGACCCUUAUAUACUUUUAAAGGACCAACCCAUACAGCCCAUAAAAGAAACACCAGACGAGCCAAACACCAUACGAAUGAUGUAAUCCAAUGAUGAUACACCACGAGUAAUGCAUACACCACUUACGAUCUUACAAAUCUUUAAAAUGCCAUAACUCUUUGUUAUUCCUCAUCCGAUUUUGAUCAAAUUUCCAGUGUUUUGUUUGGAUGUUUUUUUUCCAAUUCAUUUCAAAUCAUCUUAUAUUCAGCCUCGGCGAAUUUGCUGAAAAAGCAACCACUUUUAACACCCUUUAUAUCGAGGCAUAUAUUUGGACGCGGUGCUUAGCAGUCUGUUUUAAGAUUGACCCCCCCCCCCCUCUCUGGGCUACAAGUGUACUAUAUGAAACAAAAUUUUAGCCAGUUGGAUAGAAAUAUACACUCACUACAAUUCUUGAUAUGAUCAGAUGACAGAAAGGCAACGAGGUAAUUUUGUUUACUUGCGCGUAUAACCCCAUCAAAACUAGGCUUCCAAAAUAAUCAUUUGUCUUUUGAUUUUUUUUUACUGUUACUAACAUGUAUAUAUGGGGAUACCUUUCAGAAUACUUAUUGAUGGUAUUUUUUUAUAUCUAUAUAUUUAGGGUUUUAUUGUAAUUCAUCACGAAUCACAAUAUUAAACAAGUUGACAUGAUGC